AUGUGUAAAAUGGAACGUUGGGCUGGAUUUUUAGAAAAAGUUAGAACUUACUCUUAUCCAGAUAGUUUAAUACAACCAUUUUUAAACAACAUGAGAAAUAUAAAAUCUUAUUCGAAAAUCAUUUCUGAAUUAGAGAAAAAGAUAAUUGAUUUGAAACAAAAUUUAGAUGUUGAACUCAUUAGUGAUCAAAGGACACGAUUUGAAGCAAUGCGUGAUCAAUUUUUUAGUAAUCUUGCGAUGUCUCUUAGAGUAUUGAAAUUGAUUAGUUCAGAAUUUAAAAAUACUUUAUCAUUAUCAAUACCAAAUAUUGAAAAAAUAGAGGACGAACUCAAAGAAAAAGUCGAAGAUAUUAAGAACAAACUUCUUGUGUAUGCAUCAAAAGAUGGACAUUCACCGUUAGAAACAGAUUAUUUUCGUAUGUAUUACAAUUAUCUUGUAUCAUUUGAUAAAUAUAUACGUCUUCCACAAGCGGAAAUUCGACAUUGUUUAGAAUUAGCAGAAGCAAAAAUUUUCGAAAAAGUCACAUCUUUAUCUAAAGAUAUUACAAGUUCAGUCGGCGAUGUUAAAAAAAUCGCUGAAUUGCUUAAAAAGAUAAAAUUUUUUGCUGAAAAUUUUUCGAUGUUUGACACUAAAAUCAAUGGAAUAAUAGAUGAAGUUCUAAAAUCGUAUAGAACACAACAGGGUCCUUUGAUUCUUUCACAAUUAACUAUGAUAUUAGAGACAACCGAUAUAGGUUCUCGAUUAAUUGCUGAACAUUCGUGUUUAAGCGGAGAAGAUUGGAGAAAACGACGUGAAAAAAUGCAAAAGCAAGAUGAUCUGAACUAUGUUAUAGACGAGUUGGAAGGAGAUGAUCUUGCUACAGAUGUUCUGCGUUCGCGCUAUAAAGCUUUCAGACGAAUGUAUGAUGAAUUGAUAUCGAAAAUUUUAGGAUCGUUUAAUCCACAGACUGAGACAGAACCAGAUAUAGAAGUAUUAAUUACACAAACAAAGAUUCUUCUUGGAACAGUAGCUCAUAAAGCGACUGAAGUUACUUGGGAUCAUUCCUUUCGAGAUAAGAUUCCUGAAUUAUUAGCACAUAUUUUUGCUGUAUGGACUCUAAAAAAUACUCAACAUUAUAAUGCCAUGCGUGGUAUUGAUGCAGCAAAUGCUUAUCUAUUAAUGCCACAUGUUGCACAAGUUAUUUCUAUUUUUCGUAUUCUUGGUAUUGGAUACAAAAAGAAUUCGACAUUGUUAGGGUAUAAAGUACCUUACAUAAAAAGAAUAUCAGAUGAUUUGAUAAAUAAUUUAGUACAGAUAGGGACAGGUGAAGGAAAAUCGGUAGUUAUGGCAAUGACUGCCUGUGUUUUUGCUCUCGUUGGAAUCGAUGUUGAUUGUUCAUGCUACAGUGAAUAUUUAAGUAUGCGAGAUAAGAAUGAUUUUGCUCCAGUAUUUCGAGCGCUUGGAAUCGAAGAACGCAUUCAGUAUGGAACUUUCAAUAAAUUGUGUGAAAACUUCUUGAAUGAGCAAUGUAAUAUACGAGAAAAAGUGCAUGAUAUGAUCAUGAAUAAUAAGAAUGUAAUAGAUGUAAUUCAAAGGACUACACGUAUUCGUCCAAAAGUGUUGUUGAUUGAUGAAGUAGAUGUUUUUCUAAGUGAAAAAUAUUAUAGCGGAAUGUAUAUACCUUCGGCAUAUUUAAAGGAUCCAUUGAUAAAAAGUUUGUUAGACGCAUUAUGGAAAAAUAGAAAUUUACGUACAUUGAGAGCUGUCAAAGCUUUGCCAGCAUACAACGCUUGUGCUACUCGAUUUAGUAAUUGGAGUUUUCUUUUCGAUGAAGCCAUCAAAGAUAUGUUGGCUGCUUUAAAAUCAUUUCAGUCAUCAACAUAUAUUGUACUAAAUGAUAAAAUUGUCUAUGUUGAAGGUGAAUCCGUUGUAGAAAAUGUAGUUCAUGGUUAUGAUACAAUUUGGGCAUAUUAUUAUGAGAAUGAAAAUGGUUUUAUUAGUCAAAAUAGUUUGGAAACAAAUGUAGGCAUUAUCAUUAAUUGUGGAACAUUUUCUUACGCUGAAAUGCCUCAUGAAUUUGCUUACAUCACAGGAGUCACUGGUACUCUGAAAACACUUGCUGAGUCAGAAAAAAAUAUUUUGAAAAUGAUUUAUCACAUAGAUAAGAACACUUACAUGCCAUCAGUUUUUGGAAAAAGUAACCGUAAUUACAAUUCUGCUAAUGAUGUACAGGUAGUGAAUGUAUCAGAAUAUUUUAUGAGAAUUCGUGGAGAAAUUGAUACGAUGCGCAGUGCACAACGUCCUAUUCUUGUAUUUUUCGAAUCAGAAGAAAAGUUACUAGCAUUUUACGAUUCUCCUGAAUUAUUAUCCUUAAAACACAAUGUGCAAAUUAUUACUGAGAAAGUUUCAACCAAAGAAAGAGAACUAUGUGUUAAACGUGCAGCAACUGAUGGUAGAGUUACGCUAUUGACUAGAAUAUUUGGACGUGGAACUGAUUUCAUAUGUCGAAAUCAACAAGUGUUAGCUAAUGGCGGUAUUCAUGUAUUGCAAACAUUUUUUUCCGAAGAACUGUCAGAAGAAUAUCAAAUAAUGGGAAGAGGAGCACGACAAGGAGAUCGUGGUUCAUACAGAAUAUUAUUAUUAGAUAGCGAUUUAGAAUGGGUUCUUGGCGCCGAUUGGAAGGAACAGAUUCCCAUUAUAACAGGCUCUACUCUUUACGCGACUUUAGAUAGAGGUCGUAAUAUGCUAUAUGAAAGUAAAUGUGCUGCGAAGCAAGUUGGCAUAGAACAAUGUAAACGUGAGCAUCAGGCUUCUAGAAAUUUUAUGAAAGCAUUGUCUGAAGGAGACAUAGAUGCUGUCAAAAUGUUUUUGGUUGAACAAAAUGGUGGAGUGAGCACAGUUUCAGAAAUUUCGCGUACAGUUCUACUUAUGGAUGCAACAGGCUCUAUGUCAAAUUUAUUAUCUGCUACCAAAGACACAGUUUGUACAAUGUUCGAGCGGGCUUCAGGUAUUUUAGAGGGAAAAGGAUUAUCAAAAGAUUCAUUCUCAAUGCAAUUUGCUAUAUAUCGGAACUACAAUUCUAGAGAGAAUAAGAUUUUGGAAGUUUCAUCUUGGCAGACAAAAGGUAGUCAUUUAAGGGCAUUUAUGAACAGAAUUGUUCCUGAAGGUGGAUGGGGAGAGGAAGCAAUUGAAAUAGGAUUAUGGCAUGCAGUUAAAGAAAGCGAAAAACAAGACGAGAUUUCUCAAGUUAUUUUGAUAGGAGAUGCUCCACCGAAUACUAAAAUUGAUGUAGCUAAGAAACGAGCUUCAUUCGGUGAACAUUAUUGGAAGACGACUAGAUUUGCUAUAUCAACAUAUUAUGAAGAUGAGUUAGAAACUUUAAAAAAUAAAAAUAUUCCUGUCCAUGCCUUUAUCUUACUAAUUAUGCAAAAGAUAACUUUGAAAAAUUGCAAAAGAGACAAAAGGACGAUGUGA